AACGGGCAAUACUGGUGCUGUCAGAUUAAUAUUUCACAACCAUCUGGCAACGCCGUCAGAAAUUCAACAGCUGUGAGUCCACGCCGCUUUAAAUUUGUUUUCAAUGGUACGAAUUAAAAAUCGAUAUAUAGCCGUGCAAAUCGUGCCGUACACGCCCACGCAAACCCUACGGUUUAGCGACCAAACGCUAACCAAAUGUCUGCUCCAAAACGUGAAGAAGUACUACGGAGUGUAUGGUUUGGGAUUGCUGGAACACGGAUUUCGUGUGAAAUAUUGCAAUGAGCGGACAAAAAUUGCCAUUAUACGUUGUUUGCAUCGUGGCCAGCACUUUGUGUCCAGUAUGUUGCCACUUAUAACGCUUAUAGGCGAGGUACGUGCCAAGUUUCGAACUCUUUAUACCGGAGCAACCAUCAUUCAAUGCAAUAAAUUCAUUAUUAAACACCAACGACAGUUCCUAGAUCGCAUGAUGGGACAGAUAGAAUCAGCAAAGGAACGGCAAGAUAUAUUUAAACGCGUCAUGGAAUUUGAUUUAGAUAGAUAAAAUGAAUUUUUGAUAUAUUGGAAUUUUAUUUUUAAAACUAUACCACAUACUUAUGCUUCUUA